CUUAAUUUACCGCAGCAAAUCGAUCUAUUGAGAAUAACUGCGUUAUCUUUAAAGCCGAGUUUCAUAUUAUAAGGAAAUAUAUCUAGGGUGUAAGACAAUCAUAACAAAUUAUGUAAUAAUGGUAUUAUGGAUUACUACAGUGAUCCUUUUUCGACGCUUGUGAAUAUAACAGGCGACUAAUUAGGCCAUCUAGGGACUUUUAUAUCACAAUAACACGACAGUUUGCAAUGAAUUGAGCCUAUCACAGAACAAGGCAGACAAAAUACAUUAAUCAAUAACGAAAGGUUUAUCACAUAGCUGCCAUUAACGUAGAGCAAAAAAGGGAAAAGGCCAGAAAACAUGAUAAUCUUGAAGCAAAAGUGUUUGAGACGUACUUAAUAAUGGUAUGAUGGGAUAAAGAGAUAGAGCUAAUACAGCUGCACUGUCACGUGGAUUAAAGAGACGAUGAACCGAGCGAAGAGUUCAAACUUCGUGGAAGACGACGAUUUUCGCCAGACUUCGGUGAUACUGCUGGUUGUUGCAUCUUGUGUUAUAGCGUGCGGGAAUGGCCUAGUGCUCAUAGCGAUUAGCAGAUUCACCUACAAGACUUAUACUUUGAACCCGUUCAUCGCAUCCCUUUCGCUUGGUGAUAUCCUACACUUAGGGCCUGCUGCUGUCGCGCUUUAUGUUUAUGUUACUCAUGAAAACCAGGGGUUUAAUGAUUUGAUCACCUUAUGUAAUGUCCAGGCCUGGCUUAUGGUGUUCUUGAGAAUGGUCGCCAGUUUCUCUGUACUUUUGAUUGGAGUCGAUCGAACGCUCUCUUUGUCGACUCCUAAGUUCUAUCACUUUCGGUGGAGGGGAAGACUUCUAUACAGUUUGGUGCUUGCUAUCUGGAUUAUCGCCGCUUUCCUGGCUUCCUGGCCCCUGUUUGCCGGAAAUGGUGCUAUAACCGAGUUUAAGGAUGCACCUCGUAUAUAUUGCCUGUUUAAUCCAUACGGAGAAUUUGCGCUGUUUUUCGCGCUCUUUAACACCGUCCUGGUUUUGAUCUCCGCGGUAUUUAUUUGGAGCAUAUUGAGCUCAUCUCGAAGAACGCUGUUUAGCGCGAGGUUUUCUAACUCCUCCGGAAGGGUUUUGAUCGAAAAAAGGUGCAACCUUGCACAUGAGCAGUGCAGCCGUAUGAUGUCUGGGAUGGCUGCUGCGGUUAUAGGACUCUACUGCCUCUGCCUUGCACCAUUAACGGUCGCAAUUUUUCUGAACUUGUUCAACAUUUUUUACCCUCAUUUGCUUGGCCUCAUCUCGCUGCAAGCGCCUUUGGUCAGCGGUCUUCUCAACCCCUUGCUGUACGGUAUUAUGUGGCCUCCCUUUAGGCGAACAUACAUCCGGGUAUUACAGCUACCGAUGGCAUGCUGUAGGUCUUGCAGAGGCUCGCAAAACUACACAUCACAUAAUUUUCAAGAUGUGAACCUUAGCCAAAAUCCGAGCUUCUGGUCAGCCAGCGGUCUCCCUGAUGACGAUGGUGAGAAUCCAUUCAACAUCUUGUUCGGUCCUAGCUUCUACAACAAGCCACUCGGCUUCCAGGCAGACGAGCUGCAGAUGUUCGAGAAUCAGGGAGCGGAGAACAUCGCUGAGCUUGACGUGAAUAACUCUAACACAAACCACAACUACAAUCAGCCUAGUACUGAAGGAGUGGUGAUGGAAAACAGCGCUCAGUUUCAAAGUAUUCUAGAUCUAAUAGAGAAAAUGACGGAUGGGCGUACGAAAACAAACUGGACGCUGGAACGUAACACGAAGAAACGCGAAAGAACCAAGUCUAUUGAUUCCAAGUCCAGCAGUGCAUACUGGUCAGCGGAUAAGAGCAGUACGCAUGCGUCCAAGAUGGCGGAUACGGAGGACGUGAGGUUUUCUUUCGAGGGAGGUGUUGCAGGUGUUAGCGGUCAAGAGGGCUGGGACAGAGUCGAGUCGGGCACUCCUGGUUGUGCUUGCGUCAGCAAUAAGUCGAAAUGUUACGUGGUGCAUGACGGGAAACGAUACCUGGACUAUCUGGUCGACAAAGAGGUCCUGGGACUAGGAGAUGGUGCCGUUUUUGGAGAUAUUUGAAUAAUCAUGGUUUCUUUUAAUGGGAUACAAAUAGAGCAAUUGGAACAUGUUUUGGCUUUAUAUCCCCUUUACCUUAAUGAUUUUUUUUUUGCCGUCUUAAUUUUUUAAUGCAUGACGAUGAAGGCGCCAACUUUGUGCUUUGCUGCAUUUGGAGCAUGAUACUCAAAUAAGCUUGAACAAAAUGAUAACUAUAAACCAGUUUUACUAUUGGUAGCAUCAAAUCUGACAUAAACGACUGACAUACACUAAAAUCGUCAGGAUUUAUUAAAGUCUCACGUAAAAUUGAAUGAGGGGUGCCGGGCAUGACUAGGACUACGCUGUAACUGAGUGAGACACAAUUAAAAUAGAUUAAAAUAGAUAGGUUUAUAAACAACAAUCUAAACAAGAUUUUCCUUUCUACUAGUCUUUAGAGAGUCUUAACCUUAGUGUUAACCUAGCUCUUUUGCUAGAUUUACAUUCCAUUUUGUUGAAUCAAAAAAGGUGAGAACCAUUGCCGAAGGAAGCUCUGUUUGGGCCUGAAAGAAAGGAUAGCUUUACAUCGUGAGACAUCCGACAAUACUCCAUAGAUACAAAAGCCAAUGGUAAAGUAGAUUAAUCUUUCUGAGAGCUUCUAGGCCAAAUGUGCAGGUAACCGGAUCGGGGGAAAUCCCGCAAACACGUAACAGGUAACACACCUUUUGUUUCGUAAGAAAGCCACGGAGUAUGCACACUUAUCGAAUGGAUAUUUAAAAAUUAUCAUCGCACUAAGAAGUCGAAUGUUGUAUAAAACUACGAAAACACAUCAAUUAGAAAAAAAUACGUAGGCUAAGCGACAUGUUUUUAAUUCACACGGACAUCAAAAUGAAAAUGGAAGGGCAUUUGAAUAGCUUUUUUUCCUAAUUGAAGUUUUACUUUAAACUAGACUUCUGUUGAAACCAUUUAAGUUGUUUGUCCAAACAAAUAGACAGGGUUACAACAAAAUUGACGUACACUCUUUUUUAUUUCCGCUCCCAUUUACAUCAGUUAUCUUUAUAAACCAUCCCUGUAUCCUUUUCCUGUUUUUGUGUAAAUGUCUUGCACAAAAUUUUUCAAUAAUUGUCUCUUUUCUUUGAUUUAGAACAUAAGAUUGCAAAAAAAACGUAACGAUUUAGAAAAGGUCCAUAUAGGAAGAAAAGAUAAAUCAAAUAACGUAAAGGACAUAAACGGUAAUCAUGGCUGGCUUGUUUUUGUGAAAAAAAAACUUAUUCAAAUUCCUUUUUCAAUUCGUAUUUAUUAAAGAGCUUAAUUCUUUUAACAAAAGAGUGAUUUAUCGAAAAACAAAUACGACAAAAGCAUCAGCGUCAAUAUCUUGGCGCUCUCACCAAAAAUACAAACAGGACUAAUGCAUCAACAGGCAGACUUGUACAAGACAAAGUACAUUGUUAUUAGAUUUUCGCUCGAGUCUAUGACUUUGUGAUAUCGGGGAUACUCUAUCGGCUUAGAUAUAAAAACAAAAUCCCGCUGAUUAGAAGCGUUAAUGAAUCUCUAAAUGAAGUCUUUCAAUGGGAGAAGGACGGACUACCAAUCUUUUUACCUGUUGUGGAAUACAUGCAAGGCGUUUCUUGUAUUUUAUACGGGAUAAGUCGAUGCUAGUUAUUUGACCCGAAAACGACAACGCGACAAGUUGCGUCUCACUGGCCAUGUGUCAUUGAAUUGAGAGAUACACAGUACGCAAAUAGUGAUACACAGCUUGAUGUCACUAAGAAUACGUCACUACUGAUAAGUCACAUUUAAAAAGUCAUUGUUGAAGUCAAUAUAUGUCAGUAGUGACACGUGUUGGGAUCUUUACCUGACUGAUAGACGUCAUUUGGUGUUCGAGAUACAUCGCCACGUAUAGAAACGUCAAUAUACUCCACGAGUGAUACGUAACUACAUAAGCGUGAUUCGUAAACAGGUUUUAUGUCACUGGGCGGUACGUCACUGACUAACAUACGUCAUGUCUGUUAAUAGUGGCAACACUCUCAACCACACGAGCCCUCCACCGAAAGUCGGGUCCAGCUCAGGGUUAUUGGUUACCCUCCCGUUGCUGUCCGCCUUCAUUCUUAUCGGCAAUCUAACCAUUCUCCUGUCAAUCAAUACCUUUAACAUCCGCCGGGUACCCGAUUCCCUCAUCAGCGCUCUCGCCACCGUGGAUCUACUCAACAAUAUCCUUCCAGUAUGGACCACUUUGGCGGUCCUUAAUCUAGACAAAAGAGGCUUUAAAGGACUUGAUAACAAACCUUUCUGUCAAUUCUACAACUGGUCGGCGACGUGGCUUCGCCUCUCCGCUAGCUUCAUUGCAAGUCUCAUGGCUUUGGAUAGGUUCCUCGCGAUAGCUUACCCGUUUUUCUACCGUACAACAGCGUCUACGUCAUUGGCAAUCAAAUUCGUCUGUGGUGCUACUAUGUCAGCGGCCUUUUUGGCCGCGUGGCCAGUGAUGGGCUGCGGCGAGGUGAAACCAUUUCGUGGCGUCUGCUCGUUUGAGUUUACAGGGAGCUAUGCGUACGUGGUCGCUAUCAUCGGAUAUUUCCAGCUCGUCCUAGUCCUUCUAUGCUUUGUAUCAGUCGCGAGAAAAAUCAAACAACACGUCAGUCAACUACACGCCAUGCGACUGGGUCACGCCUUCACGCUACACGGCGGUAACCUAACGCUCGACCAAUCAUCAGCGAGCAACCAGGAAAUCAGCCAAUCACAGGGCAGUGAUAGGAACAUCAAUCAUGACAACAAAAAUGCACACGUCAUACGACUGGGUCACGCGUCAACGCAACGCAGCGGUUUAACGCUCGACCAAUCAUCAGCAAAAAUCCAGAGCAAUAGCCUGUCAAAUAGCGGCGGUGAAAAAUCACAAAACGGCGGUAAGAAUAUCAGGCAAUCACAGAGCAAGGGUUGUACAAGGCCGCAAGCCCCAAGGCAUGCUGGUGAGGGCGUACACGAAAAGAGCAGUCGUCAGUUCGUCAAGGUCCUGGCUGUUGUCGUGUUCCUAUUCUACUUGAGCUGGAUGCCCAUUAUAUUCAGUAUAACCGUUGCUCUGCAGACCCGGCGUGAAGACGAAAACCUCCACACCUUGUCAGCCAUGAUGUCGUUAAUAGGAUCAAUCCUUAACCCUGUGGUGUAUGGUGUAAUGUGCAAGCCGUACAGGAUCGGCUAUCGUCGCGUUUUUAUGCGCAUAUUCUGCUGCAAAAAAACGCUGACACAACCUGGCACUCGCCGUAUACAAGUCACGUGACUAUAACGCCAUUCACACAGGAAUGGCAUCGUAACUCCUCUAUGCGCAUAUGCCACUAGAAGAGACCGUUGACUCUAUCAGAUCCUUAUCACUACCAGUCACGUGACUAAAUAUUGUAUUUCUUUAACAAAUCCCCUCGACGUAAUGUAUCUUCAAAGUAUUUAUCGUGAGCAAUAGAAAUUUAAGAGAUUGUGUCAUGAUCUGGGAACAACAUAUUUGGGCACUUUAUUAAAAAAAAAAAGAACGGUCCGAA